CUGCCCUCGCCUUUGACGCGUUUCCAGUGCCACAGUUCCGUUCGCGUUACGCUUCGGGUCAUCUCAAAUGGAGAAGAAUCAAAGAACUGUCCGAUAACUUGUUGUUAAGCGUUUACAUUAAAAUAACGUGUAAAUUUCUUACUACGAUGAAGACAAAUACAUGAACCCCUUUUGUCAGAAUGGCAUGUUCCAAAAGGAGCAAAGGUCAGUCUCAGAAGCGAGUCGACGGAAGGUCCAUACCAAACUGUAACGUUACUCAUUAUUCAUUUUCAACGUAACUGGUUACGUGGUAACAAACAAGCAUAUAGACUUUGUUCUCAUGAUGGCAGAGAAGACUAUUGCAGCUACCCUUGCACUUCUGUGCAUGUACGGUUUCUUCAAAGACAUGCGUCCCGCUGUGCCCUUCUUAACACCCUUCCUAAGGAGCGACCUGAAGAAUUAUACAGCUGAAGAAGUCGACAACGAAAUCUAUCCUCUCUUGAGUUACUCUUGGAUGGGGUUUCUGUUGUUGGUGUUGCUGAUUUCGGACUUUGUACGAUACAAACCGGUCCUGGUGGUGGGAGGGGCGAGUUACGUGGCGACCUCUGUGUUGUGGCUGUGGGGUGAAAGGUUAGAGGUCAUGCAGAUCGCUCAAGUCGUGUAUGGCCUGGCUACUGCUACAGAAACUGUGUAUUUCUCAUACAUAUACGUUAUUGUGGAGGAGGAUCAGUAUAAAAAGGCAACUGGAUAUGUCAGGUCAACUACCUUGUUUGGGCAGUUUCUGGCCUCGUCUAUAUCUCAACUCGUGAUCACUUUUGAUAAAAAUGACUACCUUUUACUGAACUACAUCACUCUUGGUAGUGUGUCUUUAUCUUUUCUGAUCAGCAUAUUUUUGCCCCUGUCUAAAAAGUCACUGAUGUCGCAAAGGCCGUUAGUUGAACAUGAUACAACUGAGUCACAAACAGAACCUUGCAGGGGAUACGAUGAACGUGGCGUCAACAUGGGAACACCUGAUUCGUAUCUGUUUGACGGAAACCAAGAGUCGCACAGAAAACAAGUUUUUGACACAACUAGAAAUCCUGGAACAGAGGAGAGAUGCAAUAUUGAAAGCGGAGACCACAAAAUGGCGCCGGACAUCCGGGAUACUUUGGAGGACACUCAUUGCGCAUGUGCUAAAAACGAUGACGAAAUUGUUGGAUCAGCCCGACCUUUUACCUCACGAUUUAAGCAGUUUUUCCAAGACUUGAAAACGUGUUACAGUGAUAGAAAACUUAUUGUUUGGUCGCUCUGGUGGGCUCUUGCCACAUGUGGAAACAACCUUGAAGUAACAAACGUUCAAAACCUGUGGUAUGCCAUUGAACCGGCAUCUUCAAACGGCGGUCUCUACAACGGCAUUGCCGAGGCACUUACAACUUUACUAGGAGCGUUGGUUUCGUUUUCCGUCGGUUACAUGAAGUUGAACUGGUCCGUCUUUGGUGAACUGACGCUUGGAGUGAUGUCAGCGGUGGAAGCCAUUUUGUUGGUCGCUAUGGCAACGACAAACAACAUCUGGGUCUGCUAUGGCUGCGGCAUCCUUUUCAAAACAUCCUACUACAUGCUUAUAACAGUAGCAAGUUUCCAAGUCGCGCGUCUACUAAGUGUUGGUCGCUACGCCUUGGUUUUUGGCUGUAACAACCUCCUUGCACUGGUUUUACAAGCCGUCAUAGUAGCCAUAGUUGUGGACAGGGACACCCUCAACACAGGCAUACGUGCACAAUUUCUGAUAUAUGGUGGAUAUUUCUACAUGCUCGCUGUGAUAUUCCUUUUCAAAGCGGUUUACACAUUGACAGUUAAUGGCUGGAGUGACAGUUGGGCCAAACGAUGGGAAGACUAAUACAUGUAAAUUAAGAGACAAUUUUUUUGUUUUGCUUUGUGACAGACGAGCACAAUGUGGCACUGCACUCAAAUUAGCAACUCAUUUUAACAGUAACACAUACAAAGUACAGAUAGAAGGUAGUCUUUCACUUUCCCGAACGAAGUUCGGUACCCAUUUUUACACGUGGGUGAAGUGAGGAAGAUCUUGUUAAGUACCUUUCCCAAGAGCACUUCGACAGGCACACGGCGAGUAUUGAUCUUAAAAGUCUAACACAGAAAGUCGUUUUCUUCUCGCUCCUGGGUAAUACUAAUAGUGAAAAUGUAUGACUGUGUGGGUUUAGCAAGCCAAACACCCGAGGAAUAUGAAUUUGUCAGUGCUACUCAUGUGUCUAGACAUCUAUCUUCUUUCUAUAUAACAAAAUAGAGUACCUUUAUCAAUAGCAUACAUACUACAAUCAACAAUGAAGUGCAAAAUUGGCAGACUCUUUGUUCAAGGGGAGUGCGGUUGUGCCUUCCUGAUUCAAUUCACAAUUUGUGGCAACCGAUUUUUAUUAGUUUUUCAAUGGUAGUUCUGUGCCUCAUGUUUGUAAUUUUUAGAUACUGUUCUUUAUUGUUUGUGGUCUUGGUUGUUGUUGUUGUUUUACUUGCGCCCUUAUCAUCAUUAUAAAUGUCAUUGUGGUUAGAAAAUUCUGAAAAUAAAUUUCACUCAGACGCUGGUG